CUCCACAGACAAUGAUUGUGGGUGACCUCCCUUGUAUCGGGGUACGCAUAACGCAUAACGCACGUCGUGAACUGUCCUGCGAUUGUUCUGUAGCAUAUAAAUAAACUAAUUUUAGAAUUGAGAGAGAUAACGAAAUCUGACAGCAAAUUCUACAAAGAGGAUUUGAGAAACCAUGGGAGAAACAGCUAUAGAGGAUGUUUAUAACCACAAUCUGCAGCAGCUAUCAGAGUUACAGGCUGGAGAUAUGAUUGAGUUUAAACGUGGUAUCUACUCACACUGGGCAAUAUAUAUUGGAGAUGGAGAUGUGGUACACCUGGCUGGUGAAGAAGAUGAUGGAAUAGAUGGCAAAGCUGACUCAACUCAUCUGUUUACUAUUUGUGGACGUCAGUUCAAUAAGGCUGUGGUACGAGUUGAUAAAUUUUUGGAGGUUGCAGGAAACAGCAAAGCUGUACGAAAUAAUAAAAAGGAUAAAAGAUUUAGUCCAUGUCCUCCCGAAGAGAUUGUUACCAAUGCCUUGGCAAAAUUGGGAAAAGUGGGCUACAAUGUGCUGUACAAUAACUGUGAACACUUUGCCUCUUUGUGUCGAUAUGGCAUUGGCAAGAGCUCUCAGGCAGAUUCAUUUCUGACUGGUCUCUCAGUCUUAACUGCCAUAGCAACUACUGUUUGCAUCUUGUUUGGACUAACAAAAACGUCCAAGGAGAAAAAAAAACAAGAGGACACACAAGGAUCCAAUAUAUAGACAGUUUACGCAUGAAAGAGAGAAUUUAUGUGUGUGUGUGAGAGAGAGAUGCAAAUGGGUUAUUCAAUUAGAUGUUGUGAAUAUCUUGUACAGAUCUAAUUUAAAAAGACAUUCCAUCUGAAUGGGUCUUUGACCUAUACAGCUUUUGUAUUAUAAAGUAUAGAACUACAGUGUGCUUCAACUAAAAUCAUAAUAUAUUCUGGAAGUGUCCAUUCACAUGUUUUGCGAAAGAAUAACUGCUAAUUAUUUAAUUUUUUAUGCUUUUAUUUUGGUCAUAUCAAAGAAAUGAAGUCUUUGGUUUAUUUGCUGAUAUAAAAGCUAAAGCCACUUAGCACUUUUGUGCAUUUGCUUAAUUCUGUGUUUGCGAGUAUUGCACCAAGUGUAUGUAUGACAAACUGGUGAAGCACAGAAGUUUAGGUAUAUUGAGCAAAGAAUACUAAAUGAGAUCCAGUUCUGUCGUUCACCUUUUCUAUGAAAUGCCUUCAAUGUCUGAAAAAAAGAAAAGAGAAAUACAAACUGACUA